CGACCCAUCCCAGGCUCCGAAAAGGGAACCGACGCCGCCCCUUAAGAGGAAGAGGGGAAGGAGAGCGCACGGCCGGGCGGCUGCGAUCCCUCGCGGAGCCAAAACCCAAAGUCCGGCUCUUCCCACCAAGAACUUCGCGGGUCCCGAAGCGCUUCUGGUGCCGCCGCAGCUGGCAAGGCGGAGAACUUCCAGCACCCCCCUCCCUCCCCUCCCCCGCUGCCCCUCCCCACACGCCCCUCCGGCCGGCCCAGCCGCGAGUGCCGGGCACCCCGCGACGCCUGCGCUCUGGCCGAGCCUCCGCGACUCCUCCCUCCGCCACUCGGCCCCGCUGGCGCCCUUGGCCGCUCCCCGGGCGGUUAUUCAAAAGGAUUGCGAUUUGAAAUAAUGGAUGAACAAUCACAGGGUCUGCCAUGUCCUCCUGGGUCUCAGUUUCAACCACAGAAAGCCUUACGACCUGACAUGGGCUACAAUACUUUAGCCAAUUUUCGGAUAGAAAAGAAGAUUGGCCGUGGACAGUUCAGUGAAGUCUACAGAGCUACAUGCUUGUUGGAUGGUGUGCCAGUAGCUUUAAAAAAAGUGCAGAUAUUUGAUUUAAUGGAUGCAAAGGCACGUGCGGACUGUAUUAAGGAAAUUGAUCUUCUUAAGCAACUGAACCACCCCAAUGUUAUCAAAUAUUAUGCAUCAUUUAUUGAAGAUAAUGAACUAAACAUUGUGCUGGAAUUAGCCGAUGCUGGAGACCUUUCUAGGAUGAUAAAGCAUUUCAAGAAGCAGAAGAGACUCAUCCCGGAAAGGACAGUUUGGAAAUACUUUGUUCAGCUGUGCAGUGCCUUGGAACAUAUGCAUUCCCGGCGUGUCAUGCAUCGAGACAUCAAGCCAGCAAACGUAUUCAUUACUGCUACAGGAGUAGUAAAACUUGGAGAUCUUGGAUUGGGAAGAUUUUUCAGCUCUAAAACCACAGCUGCACAUUCUCUAGUGGGAACACCUUAUUACAUGUCUCCAGAAAGAAUCCAUGAAAAUGGAUAUAACUUCAAAUCAGAUAUCUGGUCUCUAGGAUGUCUGUUAUAUGAGAUGGCUGCAUUGCAAAGCCCCUUCUAUGGUGAUAAAAUGAACCUGUAUUCUUUAUGUAAAAAGAUAGAACAAUGUGAUUAUCCACCCCUUCCAUCAGACCACUACUCAGAAGAACUCCGGCAAUUAGUUAACAUCUGCAUCAACCCAGAUCCAGAGAAACGACCAGAUGUAACCUAUGUUUAUGAUGUAGCAAAACGCAUGCACGCCCGCACAGCUACCAGCUAAGAGAUUUGCCCCACAGGAGGAACACAAACAAGUUGUGAACAUUUAAGCACUGAUAUGCUUUCUGCCCAAUUUUUUUUAAAUUGUCUAUUGCUUUAAAUUUACUCAUGUGUCAAAGUUAUAUUAACACCUUUGUUACAUAAUUUAUAAGUAAAGGCUACCUUGUAUUUUUUAAAUUUUAAGUAUAAGAUUUUAAACAUAGGUAAAUUGUUGUUACAACUUAGAGUAAUUGCACUUCAAUCAUAUAAUAUACAAUUAUUGAAUAAAGGGGAAACAUUUUUAUAUAGUUUUAACUUUUGUCUACCAUGUCUGAGUUGCAAGUUUUCUUAGGAAGAUAACUGUUUAAUUCCUAUAAGCAAAGUGGAUAUGAUGAAUAUGAUGAAAGCAUAACUACUGAAUUUAUUAUCCAUUAGUAAAUUUAUUGCUGGUUUUCUUUCUACCCCUCUCCCAGGAUUUUUAAAAAAAUAUUUUUUAAAAAAUAAUGUAUAGUUUUGCUUGUCAAAAAAUGUCUAUUUAUUUGACAUUGAGCUUUAAGGCAGUUUUUGAAUGUGAAAAUGUGGCUUUUUCAACUGGGUUGGGUUUUUUUUUGGGGGGGGGGCAUAUUUUUCCAUACUGGGAAACAAAGAAGAAGAAAUCUGGUCAAAUUGUUUGUUAUCUAGUCUUAUACUAUAUUAUAACCCCAAUCCCUAAUUUUGAUUUCAAGAACUGAGAGAAUUUGUACAAUGUCUAGGAGUUAGAAUUAAUUAGAAGGGAUUAUCAGGGUAGAAGGGAUGUUGAGGAUUAUCUGGUCCAGUUCCCUGCUUCAUUUGUACCACAGGUUGUCUCUGCUAUCACACUUAAUGGCUUAAAUCAGGGGUGUCAAACUGGCAGCCCAGAGGCUGGAUGUGUCAUGCACAGGCCACACCCACCCUGGCUCCUCAAAGGCAAAAAAGGUUGUGAUGUGUCACAUGACACAAUUGAGUUUGACACCCGUAGCUUAAAUAGAAAGCAACAUUUAACCACUCCAAAAUCAGCUUGUUCCAUUGGCUUAAGGUUCAAGCUUGUAGCUAUAGUGUAAUCAUUCUCCAAAUCUGUGGCUACUAAGGGUAAGCUCCAGUUAUAAAUUAGUUUUCAUGUCAGUAUUAUAUUGCUAAACACAUAAAAAUUAGUGGACUAGUAGAGUAAUUAACUUUGGGCUGGAUGGUUAUGUGUGUUUAAUUGCAUUGGCAGAGAUGACUCCAAGAACCUAAGAGAUUGUGGUUUAAAAGAAAAUUGCUUUGAAGAACAGUAUUUUCUACAACAUGUACCCAUUGGAUCUUGGAUGAACCAAGGACACGUCCGGAGCUGUGCAAUGUAGUUUCUUCAUAGCAACAUCCAGCCACUG